CCUCCCCAGUCCUGAGGUGGCGCUGUUGCCUGCAGCUCACUGACAGCGCGUGCUUUCCUAGUACAGGCAUGCGCGCGCUACAGCCAUCGCCAGGGAAAAGAGAAAAUGGAGGAAGUCAUAUUGCGUUGACCGCGUUGCAGAUAUACUAUAUUCCUAAAUGUCUCGUUGUGAUGUGAACGGCUCUGGAGCUGCUUGUAAUUAAAGUGUUCCCAGUCCAACAGAGCCUGAAAGGCACCCAAACAGAUAAUUCUGUUUGAAAACUAGCAAGUGACUCCCUCAGCUAUGGAGGAGAUUGUGAGCCCUGAGCUAGCUCAAACUCCUAAGCCUGAGUCCAGCCAGGAUUUGGAUUCCAGUUCACAAGCUCCAGCUGCAGUUGCAGAGGAGGAAAAAAGCAACAAAGGCGAAAGUGAUGCAACUCGUGAAAACCAAGUAGAGGACGCAGAGAAAUCGGCUAAGAACUCCAACGCUCUCAAGAAGACUUGGGGUUUUCGUAGGACCACCAUUGCAAAAAGAGACAUGGCUGGAGAGACUGCAGGCAUAGCAGAUAGUCCCGGAGCACCAGUGCGACGAAGCGGGAGACAAGCCAAGCGCACUGAUAAGCUGGAGGAGUUCUUGGUGACGGUCAAACGAGGGAGAGGAGCAGUGAGGCGUAGUGCGCCCGCUUACCUGGAAAGUGGAGAUGCAUCGUCUGAGACCGCAUCAGAGGCCAGCUUUGACAGAAACACGGAUCCUAAAGUGACAGAAAGCAAAGCACCAUCCCCAGUGAGGAGGACCAGAGGGAGGGGCAGGGGAAGGGCAAACGCCAAGCCUAAAGCCGACAUGGCUGACGAUGAUGAUGAUGAUGAUGAUGACGACGACGACGAUAGUUCAGAGAAUGAAGAGAGAGCCAUGAAAGAGACUGAGGAACAGUGUGAGAUAGAGACUGGUGUAGAGGAUGCCAAGACAGAGGAGGCGAUACAAGAAAUGCAGCAAGAAGAACUGCAGAAUCAAGAUGAAGAGACCAGCAAGGAGGAAGUGCCUGCCAUCACAAGGCCUUUAAGAAGCCCUUUGAAAUCAGGCACCAAAAGAGAAACUAAGCCAGGCAAUGAGGAGGAUGAGGAGUCGUCGUCGUCAUCAUCCAGCGAGUCUGAUAAUGAUGGUUAUGAUCCAAAUGCACUUUACUGCAUCUGCAGACAAAAACACAACAAAAGGUUCAUGAUCUGCUGUGACCGCUGCGAGGAGUGGUUCCACGGAGACUGUGUAGGCAUUACAGAGGCACGCGGCCGCUUGAUGGAGCGCAACAGUGAGGACUACGUGUGUCCAAACUGCACAUGCAGGAAGGCCCAGAACACCAAGCCUUCCACCUCUACAGCAGGUGCUGAAACCGGCAAACGACCUGCUACUCCCACAGCUGCUCGCAAAGCAGAGCCCAGUCCAGGUGGUGUUAGCCAAGCCAAUGUGCAAACAUCUACAACUGCUGCCGGUCCGCUUUCUGCUGCCUUUCCUGCUGCUACAGUUUCUCCCGCUGCAGACGAGAAGACCGGGGAGGAAGUCGGCAUCAAGGGCAGAAUUGAGAAAGCUACUAACCCAAGCGGCAAAAAGAAAAUAAAGAUUUUCCAGCCGGUGAUGGUGACGGCAGAGGAAUCCUCUCUCCCUAAGUGCAUUGGUCCUGGUUGUGAAAGGGACGCUAUACCUGACUCUGUUUACUGUGGUAAUGACUGCAUCCUCAAGCAUGCCGCUGCUGCCAUGAAGACCAUCACUACUGACAACAAGGAGACUAAACCCAAGGAGAAGCCCAAGCCAAAAAUCCUGAAAAAGCCCGCGGUCAUAUCUACAGUCAAGAAUUCGGGUCCUGAGCGACGGAGCAGCAGGAAGUCCACUGACUCGUCCAGCAAAGCUCAAGAGGAGUCUUUGGAGUCGGAAGGCCCCGAAGCUGAAGACGAGGAGGACGAAGAAGACAGAGUUGCAGAGGAGCAUCCGCCACCCCCAGCCAUGUCGUCCUGGUCCAGCGAUCAUAAUUACAUUGCAGUAGCGCCAGAAAAGACUACAGCAAUAUCACCAACUGUGUUAAACAAAGCGUCAGCUACUCAGAUGGAUGAAGAGGAAAAAACAGAAGAACCUGAGCCAGAGAAGAAAGAGCCGGCUCCUAUCGAGAAGAAACCAACAGCACCGACAUCCGUCUCCCCCAAAGGGGGCAAAAGGUCCCCAGGCCCAAAGACUGCCAAGCCUGUUCCGGUCUCUAUGCCCAAAGGCAAAACGAGCACUUUGUCCUCAAGCAGUUCCAAAGACUUGAAAAAGCAUUCUACAUCCCAAGGCAAAGUCGUCAAAUCGAAAAAACCAGGACCACCCCCACCACCCAUUCCAGUCUUCUCCACUUCUGGUCCUCCUGGGUCAAGGCUCCAUCCCACAGGAGCUCUGAGCAUUGGCAAGAGCACCUUCACCAUCCCCAAAAAGCAGCCUCAAUCUGGGGUAAAGGAGUCUGUGAGUUCUGGUCCCUCCUCGACCUCCAAGAUGCCUCCUGUGCCCGUGCCCUCUAGCUCCCAGAGCCAGCCACCAUCAUCCAAGUCAACACCACCACCAGUACCUCUACCUCCACAAGCACCGCCGAACAACCAGAUGAGGUCCAACAUCCGUCGCUCGCUCACUGACAUUCUGUACAAAAGGGUGAGUGACAGUGAUGAUCUCUCCAUGUCUGAGAGUGAGGUUGGCAAGCUGGCUGUCAGCAUUGAGAAAGAAAUGUUCAAUCUGUACAUGAACACAGACAGCAAGUACAAAAACAAGUACAGAUCCCUAAUGUUCAACCUAAAGGACCCGAAAAAUAAGGGCUUGUUCUAUCGUGUGAUUGGUGGAGAGGUCAGCCCAUUUCGCUUAGUAAGGCUCAGCCCCGAGGAACUGCUCUCCAAAGAGAUUUCUGAUUGGAGGAAAACUGGUACCUCUGAGGUUCUGGAUGCUAGUGGAAGGACGAACCCAGGGCACUCCAAAACUGGAUCCAAACAGGACACGGCUCCCGCUGAUGUUGACAUGGAAGAAGCUCCUUCCAUGUCUGAUGGAGAUGUAUGUAUCUCUGCUACUUCCCAAUCUCCUCGCUUGGCUUCUGGGGCAGAUCAUCAGGAGUCACAUCCAUCAUCCACAUCUCAGAGUUCUGCUUUGGCAGGAAAAAACAGUGUUGUCCCAGACAUAUUGAGUAACAUGUUGAAAGACACUACGGCAGAACACAGGGCUCACCUGUUUGACCUUAACUGCAAGAUUUGCACAGGUCAGAGGUCAGCUGAUGAUGAGCCAGCAGCUAAAAAGCCCAAAAUGACCGUUCCUAAAAAACAGGACCCUCCUGAAAAACCCAAAACGGAGCCGCGACCCUCCAAGGUGCCAGCAGAGCAAUCUAGUGUCUCUUACUCUGCCAGUGAUGUGUCUACUCCUCAUCAAACAGUUAGCAUGGAAGACCAGAGCAGCACAGUGUCUGUUGUGCAAGCCCCUGUAGUCAUGCCAGCAGGUUCUUCUGUCACGAUAAGCCGCCGUGACCCUCGUACUGCCGGCCACCGCUCUUCUACACCUCUCGCACAGACUGAGCCUGAUGUUAGUUUCCCUGUUGCGGCACCAGUCAAUGUGCCUGUUGCCACCCCUGUGCCCUCUGAAACGCCUGUUACUGAAGUAAAGGGGCCGUUGCCUAUGCCACCUCCGGCUCCGGUAUCUCUGCCUAAACCUGUGAUGCCGAAACAAGUCACUUCAUCAGAAUCAUGGCACUAUGGGGCCAGCGCAUCCAGUAUGGCUGAACCUCCUCCUGAUGGCGAGACAGCUCUGUUCCUCUCUGGACAGGAGAUUAUGUGGAAAGGAUUUGUCAACAUGCACUCUGUUGCCAAGUUUGUCACAAAGGCCUACCUGGUCUCGGGAUCCUUUGAGCAUCUCAAAGAGGACUUACCUGAUACCAUCCACAUUGGUGGUAGAAUAUCACCACACACAGUUUGGGACUAUGUUGGUAAACUGAAGACUUCACUGUCAAAAGAACUUUGUCUUAUUCGUUUCCAUCCAGCAACGGAAGAGGAGGAAGUUGCGUACGUGUCUCUGUUUUCUUAUUUCAGCAGUCGAAAGAGGUUUGGCGUAGUAGCCAACAGCAACAAACGAAUCAAAGACCUCUACCUCAUUCCACUGAGCUCCAAGGACCCUCUGCCUGCUAAACUCUUACCUUUUGAUGGACCAGGUCUCGAGCCUGCUCGUCCAAAUCUCUUGCUUGGGCUGUUAAUUUGUCAGAAAGACAAGAAACGUGCUGGAGCUCCUCUGGAAAGUGAGGAAAAACGUUCUAAAACCCAGCGAGAUGAUGAGACUGGCCUCCCAAAACCAAUCACUGUUAGCAAAACUGACAAAGCCAUCCGUAUCAGUCAGGAGGCCAUAAGCACAACUCCUCCUGGAACUCCACCCCCUCUCAGCAGUUCCGAGUCAUCAGUUGGUCCGCUUACAUCAUCAGUGUUUUCUAUCUUGUCCUCAGUUAAGGCACCUGGUGUCACCACGAGUGCAGGCAGUAAUUCCCCUUCAAUUACGGCCACCCCAGCAGUUCCUGCCACAUCUGCCACUCCCCUUCAAACCAUCCUGAAGACUUUGUUUGGAAAGAAGAAGGAUUCUGAAGCUUCUCAGUCUCCUUCAGAUCGUAGUUCAACAGAUGUUCCUGUUCCUCUGCUGGAUCCAAUAGUUGAGCAGUUUGGCAUUACAAAAAGUAAAAAAGUAGAUGAACAAGAGGAUGAUAGACCAUAUGACCCAGAAGAAGAAUAUGAUCCCAGUAUUUCAUAUGGUAAAGAAAAGCUGAAUGAUUCUUUGGUCUCUAAAAGUAUCACGCAACCAGAAGUCAGAUCUGGUAUGGUAGAUGAUAUUGCAUAUGACCCUGAAGAUGACUCUAUUUUUGAGGAGGUUAAAGGUGACCCUGGUUCAAAGAGGCAACUAGAGGAACUGGAACAGCAAAUACCUGAUGCUGCACCUCUCUUAGCUAACAGUCAAUUGCUUCAACUUGGUAAAAAGGUUGAGCAGUUGGUUGCAAAAAGCACAGCUACUAUGCCAGUUAUUAAUCAGAGAAGGGAUCCCAGGCAGAGUAGGGACCCUAGACACAUGGCUGCCAGCCAAAGGCUAAACUCUGAUGAUUCUGUAGAGAAGGAAGAGGCUCCUGUGGUUACGUCUACUACAAAUAUUUUGAGUAAUACUGAUGCUACAGCUGCUCCUACCACAAUAACAGACAACCCACCCCUUGUCAUUGCUGGAAUACUAGACACAUCAACAUCACAGCAGCCUAAAAUCAUAGAAACUCCACAAGAUUCCUUAAAAGAAGAACCUUCAGAACCUUGUGCAACCGCUGAUGUGCUGCCUUCACAAGAUGAUGCAAAUGUUGACUCGCAGCUAUCACAUCCGACGGAUCCUGAGUUGGAGUCAUCCAAGCCUGAAGAGGAAUCAAACAGCGAAGAGGUGCCUUUCCUGGAUGCAGAUAGCACAGAAAUUCCACUUUUGGGAGAAAAAAUAGACCCUGAACUAGUAGAAAGUUACCUGGACACAGAACCAAAAGAAAGUCCAAAAGAAAAUGAUGCUCAGUUUGAAUCAGAAAACAAGAGUUUUGAAGAAAUUUGGCCUAAUUCUGCAACCAUUCUAAAAAAAGAGCCUAUUUCUUCUGUUGGAGAGUCUACGGAGUCUUCUACGACAACAUAUUACAACAUCACAACAAUCAGUACACCAAUAACUUCUAUGGGGAGGCCACAGGAUGUGACACAAGUAAGUUCAUCUUAUAUGGAUUCACAUAGCUCUCAUAUGCCACACAUGACUGGACCAAAUUCACAAAGCGAUUAUCGGGGCCCCUCAGACAUUCCACCUCCAAUGUCCUUCCCACCUCUGGUUGGACCUCCACCUGUGCUUGGUCCACCACCAAUGACUGUUCCACCACCCAUGCAUAUUCCACCUCCGAUGUCAGGGCCACCUCCUAUUUCAGGACCACCUCCAAUGCAGAUGCCUCCACCGAUGCAAGGCCCACCUCCACCACACGGGGAAAAUGACCUGUCACAAUUUCCACCACCUGGGCCUUAUGCACCUUUUCAGAAUCAGUGGGGAAGCAGUCCACAGUUUGAUGCUUCAAGAGGUCCACUGCCUCCAAUGGUUACACCCAGAGGGCCCCCACCAUCAGUCCCACCAAUGGGUCAAAGAGGACCUCCACCUCAAAUAUUUAAUAACAACAUGCCCCCACAUCAUAUAGGUCCUCGAGGACCACCUCCUGGUCCUUUGCCGCCUGUCCCACCACACCCUCAUUUUGAUGGACAAAGAUUCAAUGGGCCUCCUCCACCUUUCAACUUCCCUGGACCCCGAGGCCCACCUCCACCAUUUGCAGGGCCUCCUCCUGUUCAUUUUGACAGUAGAGCACCCCCACCAUCUCACUUUCCUGGGCCAAGAGGGCCACCUCCUCUUAACAGCUUGGGGGAACCUGGACCACUGCCUAACAUCCCAAGAGGGCCUGCUGACAGUGAUGGUGGAAGUUCUUAUCAGCCAGCGAUUGAGCAACCCCAAGGACAGACAGUCACACACAAUUACAGAGACAAUCAGGGGCCCUCACAUGGACCUCUGUUUAGGGGGCCUCCACCAAACCACUUUGAUGGGCGAAGAGGCCCACCUGGCUCCACGGGAGAUAUUCCAGGGCACAGAUUUCCCCCUCCGAACCAAUUCCGUGGCUCACCUCAGGAUAGAGGAUCCUUUGAAGAACCAAGAGGGCUAUCCCAAGACCUGGAAAGACACAGGGGUCCUGCCCCUCAGCAUUUUGGAGGCCCAAGAGCUCCACCACCAGGACACUACUCUGAUAAUGAUUCUGGAGGUCAGACAUCACGCUACCCGCUCAGCGAUAAUCUAAAUGACAUAAGACCUGUAAGGGGGCCUCUGUUGCCUACUCCUACUGAAGGUCCCAUUCCAGUACCAGGCCGCAUGGGUGGACAUAGCCCAGAUUCCCAUCGUGACGACCACUGGAGAAGACACUCCCCUGAAAUAAGAAGGCGCAGCAGCUCAAACAGAGAUGGUACUGAACCUCAGGACAGGUCAAGUCGUUUUGACAGUGGCCCCCGUGACCGAGAUGGCCCUUCUGAAGAAAGGCAGCGAGAAGCGUCUGAGGACAGGAGGAGGGACAGAGAUCGGGAUGGGCUGCAUGGAGGCCGAUCAUGGGGCUGGAGUAGAGACCGUGAAUGGGAUCGUGGUAGGGAGAGAGACCGUGAUAGAGAAAGGGAGAGAGACCACAGUAGAGAUAGGGAAAGAGAUAGGGAGAGAGACCACAGUAGAGAUAGGGAUAGAGACAGGGAUCAGGAUCGCAGUAGGGAAAGGGACAGAGAGAGAGAGCGUAGCAGGGAGAGAGACCGCAGCAGAGGCAGAGACACUGAUCGGCACAGAGACGGUGAUGGGGACAAAAGGAGGGAUCGCGACAGGGAUCGGGAUAGAGAGCGUGGCAGGGAGAGGGAAUCCGAUAGGAAGGACCACGACCGAGACAGAGGAAAGAACAGAGAAAGAGACAGAGACCGUGACCGAGAUAGAGACAGUAGAGACAAACGACGAGAUCGCUCAAGAAGCCGUGAACGGGACCGCGGAAGAGAUCGAGAUAGAAGAGAUCGGGACAGAGAGCGGGACCGAGACAGAGAGAGAGAGAAGGACAGAGACAGGGAGAAAGACAAAGACAGGGAAAAGGACAGGGACAGGAGACAGCGGAGCAGAAGCAAAGACAGAAAGGAUGAGAAAAAAGAGAGACCCGAGACCUCGAGAGACACUGAGAAGUCUACUGAUAACGAAGUCGUGUCCUAAUUUUUUUUUCUCCUACAGUGGUCAUGACAUUCUUCAUAUUUGACUAGCUUUGGUACUUUUUUUCUAAAUGGAUUUGCAUGUAUGUGAAACUCUUAUACAUGGGUCAUUUAAAGUCCAUUUUGAUCAUUUUUUUGCUGCUUUCAUGGCAUAUUUGGUGCUCUUGGUUACAUUCAAGGACACUGAUCUUGUGAAUUUCAUUGAAAGAUCUUAGGGAUAAUGCCAUGCCAUGCAACACCUCACCUGGUAAAAUAUAUUUUAAAAGUAAAAAAAAAAAGUGAAAAAAAAA